AUGGUCGAUAUCCUCAAGCCGCUGGCUGAUGCCCAGGCCGAGGAAGCAGCCGUAGAUCUCGAGGAGUGGGUUGCAGAGGCGCGGCGGCAGGUUGAGGAGCCUGUUGACGCAAGUGCACCGUCUGAGCCGACAUCAGAGGCUGCGAUUGCUGAGGCUACCGAGACAAUCGCCGCGCAUUCUCUGAAGCCAGCGCCAUGUGCAGAGGAGACGACGACCUUUGAGGCAAGGGCAGAGGCGAGCAUCUUGGAGGCGGACGCUGAGGCGAAGGCAGACGGAUCUGAGGAGAUUGCAAGCACAUCGGAGAUGGGUGAGGAGCCAGAUCCAAUGGCUCCUGAGGCCAAGGCUCAGGAUCUAUGGACACUUCCUGCUGAGGUUGAGGAGUUGUACGCAGACGCCCUAGGCACAGACCUGGCUGUGGAUGAGGGCAAGCCACUUGCUGCUGACGCAAUGGCAGCGGAAGAAGCGGCAGAAGCUUCCGGAUGGUUUGCAAUGCCUCAGGGGCAUUCUGCCGAAGAGGCAGCUGAGGAGCAAGAGCCGACUGCUUCUGAUGAAGCAGCUGAAGAUCCCAGUAUGCCCACAGCCGAGGAUGUUCUCGAGCAAUUUGCGGACGCCAUUGCCGAGGAAGAAGCUGCAGAACUCGAUGAGCUUCAGGCUGCCGAGGAGACAGCUGAGAAGCCCACUGCUCCUGAGGAAGUGGCUCAAGAUCCCAGCACGCCCGCUGCUGAGGAUGAGGAGCUGUGUGUGGAGGCCCCAAGCACAAACCCGUCCGUUGAGGAGAUGGUCGAUAUCCUCAAGCCGCUGGCUGAUGCCCAGGCCGAGGAAGCAGCCGCAGAUCUUGAGGAGUGGGUUACAGAGGCGCGGCGGCAGGUUGAGGAGCCUGGUGCCGACAGUGCGACGUCAGAGGCUGCGAUUGCUGAGGCUGCCGAUAGAAUCGCCGUGCAUGCUCUGAAGCCAGAGCCAUGUGCAGAGGAGACGACCGUUGAGGCGAGCAUCUUGGACUCAGACGUUGAGGCGAAGGCAGACGGAUCUGAGGAGAUUGCAAGCACAUCGGAGAUUGGUGAGGGGCCAGAGCCAAUGGCUCCUGAGGCCAAGGCUCAGGAUCUAUGGAUGGCUUUUGAGAAUGAUGCCGAGCCACUUGCUGCUGAUGCAAUGGCAGCGGAAGAAGCUGCAGAAGUCGAUGCGUGGUUUGCAAUGCCUCAGGGGCAGGCCGUCGAAGGGACAGCUGAGGAGCAAGAGCCAACUGCUCCUGAGGAAGCAGCUGAAGAUCCCAGUGUGCUCACAGACGAGGAUGUUCUCAAUCCACAUGCCGAGGCAAUGGCCGAAGAAGAAGCAGAACUUGGUGAGCCGUUUGCGGAGCCUACAGCUGAGGAGCCAGAGGCAAUCGCUUUGGAGGCAGAAGUCGCGUGUGAGGGGCGCAGUUUACAGCCAGAUCUGACCACUGAGGAGCCCACCACUGAGGCGAAAGCCGGACGCCUUGCCGAUGACCUGAAUGCAGACCUAGCAGUUGAGGCAGCUGCCCCUAAGGAGAUGCGCAAGGCAGACGCACGGAGAUUGGAGGCCUUGCAGGAGAUGGAUGAGGAGGACGACAAGGCCACAGACAGCCCAAAGGCAAAACCAGCUGCUGAGGAGUCGAGGCUUCGAAGAGCCUUGCUUUGCUUGCUCGCAGUCACCGUGGUUCUUCCCGAGCUCGCCUGGCGCCUGGGACCCUUGCCGGACGCGUUCGCCUGA